AUGGACAAAAAACCAUGCAAAUCUCAAGAAGUUGAAGUGAGGAAAGGACCAUGGACUAUGGAAGAAGAUCUUAUUCUUAUGAACUACAUAGCUAAUCACGGCGAAGGCGUUUGGAACUCGCUUGCUCGAUCAGCCGGGCUCAAACGCACCGGAAAAAGCUGUCGACUGAGGUGGCUUAACUAUCUUCGACCGGACGUUAGGAGGGGAAAUAUUACGCCCGAAGAGCAACUUUUGAUUAUGGAGUUGCAUGCUAAGUGGGGAAAUAGGUGGUCGAAAAUUGCGAAACAUCUUCCGGGAAGGACAGAUAACGAAAUAAAGAACUACUGGAGGACUCGAAUUCAAAAGCACAUUAAGCAAGCCGAGAAUAAUUGCACGACCAGCCAACAAGGCGGCGAUCAGCACAGCACAGAUCAAGUCAGCACGAGCCAGAUUUCGGGCUAUGGCCCGACUGAUCAUGCAGUCGAGUCCUAUUCCCCAACCUCCUUGAAUGGGAAUGUGGAUGCUUAUCAAGCCCCUUUUCCCACUUACCAAACGAAUGAAAGCCUUUGGGGCAUGGAGGAUCUCUGGUCCAUGCAUUUGCUCAAUGGGGAUUAA